AUGAGGGUAAAGUAUACCGCUAUUGGCCGUGCGGAAAUGUUGAACUUUAUGUAUUUGUUGAUUGGAUUGAUUGUGAGUAGUUUGAUUGUGGAUUGUGGUGUUUCUCCACCUAGUUCGUCAACGUAUCCUUAUUUUGUCAGUUUGCAAAUUGGAGUAUCGAGUGGUGUUGUGGUGUGUUUGUUGUACAAUGGACUACUUUGCUUUCAGUUUUGGGAAGAUGGUACACGAAAGUCGUUGUUGAUUUUGAGAAGUAUUGUACUUGGUUGGUUUGCUAUUAAUUUUGUCAUUAGUUUGGUUUCCUUUCAAGAUUGGGGCACCGCUUUGGAUUACCGCAAAACUACAACGGUGUUUGUUGUUUCGUAUGUUUUGAAUGCCGUCUUGCUUGCGGUGUAUGUCGUGUCACAAUUGAUUCUUGUCAUAUUUGCAUUGAAGUCGGUGUGGGCCUUGGGUGCCAUCUUGUUGGGUGGGUUCUUUUUCAUUGCGGGACAGAUUUUGAUGUAUGUCUUUUCGAUGGAUAUAUGUGAAGGGUCCUCACAUUAUAUUGACGGUUUGUUUUUUGGAAGUUUGUGCAAUGUGUUUACCGUUAUGAUGAUUUACAAGUAUUGGGACAUGAUUACUGAUGAUGAUUUGGAGUUUAGUGUUGCUAAUGUUGAACAAGUUGUUAACGAGUUUGGACCUAAUAAUAAUGGUGGUGUGGGUGUGCUUUACGAUGACGAAAAGAGAUCGUCUAGCAUGUUUUACUAA